AUGGAUACAGCCAUUCAAACUGUCUCAAAAUCUGAAAUCAAUUUCCUAGAUUUGUUACUAAUCGAGAGAGAUACAUGUAUAAAUAAAACACAAAUAAAACGUGUUGAACUUAAUCAAAAAGAUAACGAUGUGAUUGAUUUUGAUACAGCGAUUAUAUUAAUUGGUCGAUUUAGUAAUAAUAAUAAACAAAUACAAUACUAUUUCAAUCAUAGUCAUUCUUCGUAUAAUCAGUAUAAUGAUUUAUCUCGUACAUCUGAUUAUAAAUGUCAUAUACAUUCUGAUAAACAACGACAAAUAAAUGUUGUUGAUCAAAUGAUUGCUCAAUCAUAUAUUCCUUAUUCUCUAUUACCAAAACAUUUCAAGCCACAACAGUCAUAUUUAGUAAAUAAUUUUUACUAUGAAUCAUAUACAAAGAAUUGUUAUAAUUCACAUUUUUAUCGACGAUUUCAACAUUGUUCAUAUGUUAUUAGUAAACGGAAUAAUCCUUAUCUAUAUUCGAAUCAACAACGUGGAAGAUAUCGGUAA